GACGACGCAGGGCCGGGGAAGAUCCUGAAGCCGCACCUCUCGCCAAGUGCACGGACCCCCGCGCUGGAGAGGCCUUCGGUAAGAUGCAGAGCAUCAAGAGCUUGGCGGUCGUCAGUAAUCCAGACGCUACUCGCCAGCGGCCCAUGACUGAGCUGAGGGCUUCUGCACCGCGCGCUGUGCGUCCGGUGGAGACCGCCGCAGAGGUCAUCAAUUUCUGUGACGGCCUUCUCCGUCGGCGCAACCUCAACAAUGCCAACCUCAAGGAAGCUGAGUUGGUGCGGGCCCAGAAGGAGACGGAGGCCCAGGAGCAGACGGAGGCCCAUGAGCCGGCAGGAUGGAGGCCCGCCGAAAAGCCGGCUGAGGCCCAGGAGGAGACGGAGGCCGAGGAGGAGACGGAGGCCCAGGAGCAGACGGAGGCCCAUGAGCCGGCAGAGACGGAGGCCCACGAGCCGGCCGAAAAGCCGGCUGAGGCCCAGGAGGAGACGGAGGCCCAGGAGGAGACGGAG